AUGACUACUAGUAUGAAUGAGAUCGAUAUCUCCAAGACUCCCGUUGUGAAAGCAACUCCAACGGAUCGGGAAGAGUUUCUAGCCAGUUUUAGUCCAGAGGAAGAAAAACGCGUGCGACAGAAGGUGGACAAACGAUUUUUCGUGCUGAUAGGCCUGAUGUAUAUGGUUAAACUUGUCGAUUCGAACAAUGUAUCCAGCAUCAAAGUCCUCCAGGAAGGGCAGCCUUCAAACAUCCUCAAUGAGCUUCAAAUGUCUGCCAAUCAGUAUAACUGGGUAUCCUCAGUAUUCACAAUCGCGUAUAUCAUCUUCGAGACACCGAGCAAUCUUCUUUUAAAAAAGGUGACUCCUCGGCUAUGGCAAACGCGUAUCUUCCUAUCCUGGGGCAUUGUGCUGGGCUGCCAGGCUGCUGUGCAGAACCGCCAGGGACUACUUGCCUUGCGCUUUCUGCUGGCGAUUCUUGAAACGGGGUCUUACCCGGGCAUCUUGACACAAUUAAACUCGUGGUAUCCUAGCCAUGAGAUGGCUCGUCCAGUCGCGUGGCUGCUGGGGAUAUCGCAAUGCUCAUCUAUUGUGAGCUCGCUACUCUGUUAUGGAAUUAGCUAUAUGGAUGGUAUCCAAGGUUUGAGCGCAUGGCGAUGGGUGUUCAUUAUCGAGGGUAUCAUCACGGUACUCUUCUCCGGUGUCAUAUAUCUCGUGCUACCAGAUUAUCCAAAGUCACCUAGGAGCAAUAAAUGGCUCAGUCAGCGCGAACAGGAUUACCUCGAGGCCCGACUGGGAGAUCUUGCCCCCAAGGCGGCUGACCCAGCCUUCAGUACGCAAGAAGUGAUCGCCACACUUAAGUCGCCCAUCCAAUGGUCGUUCACUUUCUCCCAGAUGCUCAUCAAUCUUGGCAUGUAUGCGUUGCAAUGGUACUUACCAACUCUCACAACCAGUUUCGGCUUCACUAGCCUGCCGAAAAACCAGCUACUCAACAUCCCACCGGCCGCAGCAGGUAUUAUUGGUGUCAUACUGGGAUCGACUAUCUUGCGACUGGCCGUAAUCUCCAGACCUAUUCAGCUGAUGGUAUACAAUACUGGGAUCAUCGUGUCGUUUAUCCUUUUCUUCACCGUGUCAGCGCCCGCUGGGUUGUACGUCGCGUGCAUGCUAGGAACUUUCUUCGUUACUAUCUAUUACAUUCCCUUCAUCUCCUGGCGCUCGGUUACCAUGACGGGCGCCACGGGUACGGCCUUCGCCUGGGGUCUCCAGAACUCCUUCGGCCAGAUCGGUGGCGUUAUCGGCCCGCAGUUGUUUCAGUCAAAGUGGGCUUACAACCGGUACAAAAACAGCUUUGGCAUUGCAUUGGCAGGUGUCAUAGCAGCCAUUGGAGCUAAUAUUGCCUGCUGGUGGUUGACCAAAGACCAGGAGAAAGAAACGUUGGAGGUGGCACAAACCAAAAGGAAAGAUCGUAAGUUGGAAAGCGCAUAG